AACAAUCAAACAAAUAUCAAAUAUCAAAUAUCGAAUAUAUCAUCACAGUUUCUACGAGUUAAGUUGCGAGUUUUUAACACAGAAAGAUGCAGAGUGCAAAGAACGCAGCCGCAUCGGCAAAGGAAUCAGCAGCCAACAUGGCUGCCACUGCCAAGUCUGGAAUGGAAAAGACCAAAGCCACUCUUCAAGAAAAGGGUGAAAGAAUGACUGCACAUGAUCCAUUGGAGAAGGACAUGGCCACACAGAAGAAAGAAGAGAGGAUCAACCAGGCAGAGUGGAACAAGCAGGAAGCCAAGGAACUCAACGCCGCAAACAAACAAGCCACUGCGGCCACUGGAACCGGGACGGGAGCUCAUUCCUAUUCGACUACUGGUGUGACUGGGCAGCCCGCGGGCACCCAUCAGAUGUCUGCGGUGCCCGGGCACGGAACCGGGCAGCCGGCUGGACAGACGGUUCAGGGGGUGGUUGGUUCUCAUCCGAUUGGAAACCGCACUGGAACCAACACGGGGACGGGCCACACCACUGUGGGGCAUAACACUCGUGCUGGUGGCGGUGCCGCUGAUUAUGGCACCGGAGGCGCUUUUCGUUAAUUUGCUGUUAUGUAUUUGGAUGUGUUAGUAGUGUACUUUACACUUGUGCGCAUACAGUUGUGUUGGUUUUUAUUCCUACCUUGAUGUGUGGGAAGUUUGUUUUAUGUUUUACUUGGAUGCUGGACUUGCACCUUUUUAUGAUUUGCAAGUUCUAAGCUUGAUCUUGUAUGUUCAAGGUUUUCAAUAAAAGGUUUAUGGAGUAUAUUACAGAUUGUGUA